AAAUGUGUUUCCUCAACAAGGUAAAAGAAAACAUUAGAGCUGAACUUGGGAUAUUGACGCAUGAGGAAGUCAGCAAGAUCCCCUUUAAAGGCAAAACCGGCGAAGGGAUCCAGGGUGACGCCCACUUUGACGAUGAUGAGAUCUGGACCCUAGGCCAAGGGACAGUUGUGAAGACGUUGUACGGCAAUGCAGAGGGAGCUUUGUGCCACUUCCCUUUCACCUUCCUCGGAAAGUCGUACAGCAGCUGUACCACGGACGGACGCUCCGACAACCUGCCAUGGUGUUCCACUACAGCCGACUUCGGAACGGACAAGAAGUUUGGCUUCUGCCCCAGUGAACUUUUGUACACGUUCGGAGGCAACAGCGAUGACAAACCAUGCGUAUUUCCCUUCGUAUUUCUUGGGGAGACGUACGAUAGUUGCACCACGGAGGGCCGUAGUGACGGCUACCGCUGGUGUUCCACCACUGACAACUUUGACAACGACAUGAAAUUUGGAUUUUGCCCCAGUCGUGAAACGGCUGUGGUCGGAGGAAAUUCAGAGGGCGAGUCUUGUCGCUUCCCCUUCCAGUUCCAGGGGAAUUCGUACGACUCCUGCACUAGCGAGGGACGCAAUGACGGAAGGCUAUGGUGUGCCACCACUGAUAACUUUGACACCGACACCAAAUGGGGAUUCUGUCCUGACCAAGGGUACAGUCUGUUCCUGGUAGCAGCCCACGAGUUUGGACAUGCCCUGGGCCUGGACCACUCCAAAGUCAGAGACGCACUUAUGUUUCCCAUGUACAGAUUCAUUGAGAACUUUUCCCUAAAUGAGGACGACGUUGAAGGCAUUCAGUAUCUCUACGGACCUAAAACCGGCCCGCACCCCAGUCCCCCGGGUCCCAUCACCACGACGACCACCAGACCAACAACAACCACCACACCGACACCUGUAGAUCCAGACAAUGAUGUCUGUCAGGUCACGACCUUUGACGCAAUCACUGAGAUUGGGAAUGUGCUGCACUUCUUCAAGGAUGGAUAUUACUGGAAAAAGACCAACAGCGAUAAGGCUAAGGGUCCAUUUGCUAUUUCUGAGGGGUGGCCGGCCCUGCCAGCUAAGAUUGACUCUGCCUUUGAGGACCCGGAAACCAAAAAGAUGUACUUCUUUGCAGGAACUCAGUUCUGGGUGUACACUGGCAAGAAGGUACUUGGACCCCGCAGCAUCGAGAAGCUGGGCCUGCCGAGCAGUGUUCAGACGGUGGAGGGAUCCGUGCAGAGAAAGGGGAGCAAAGUCCUGCUCUUCAACGGGGAGAACUACUGGAGGCUUGAUGUGACAACUCUCAAGAUGGACAGAGGAUAUCCUCGGACAACUGACACGGUCUUCGGCGGAGUUCCCAGUGAUGUCCACGAUGUUUUCCUGUACAAAGGUCACAUUUACUUCUGCCGUGAUCGCUUCUACUGGCGUAUGAAUUCUCGUCGCCAGGUCAACCGUGUUGGCUACAUCAAGUAUGAUCUCCUCAAGUGUUCAGACGCCUCCGGCCUGCAGGCCUGAGAAGCCCACUUGAAGAACACUUGUGACAAUAUGCGAUCAAAUUAACAUUUAGUAAUAAUUUGUUGGCAGUUCCUCUUGAACUGUGAACAGUCACAUGCAAUGCAAAAUUGUUAACUGCCAUUUUUGGGGUCCUGAGUCCCACGCAAUCACGCUACACAACAUCACGCUGUUUAGUUGAAUGACUCAGAUGAAGGUACUUUAAGUGUGAAACUCUAUUGUUGCAUCACUCUUCAUUUGUGAACAGGUUAUGGAUGCGAACAGCAGGAAUAGGAACAUAACUGUUCUCUCCAAAACAGAAUCUGCAUCAGAUCAGAAUAAGGUUUUAUGUCUGACAGGCUCAGACUGUUUCAGUAUUUAGUUUUUAAGCAACAGAUAGGCCAAAUGUUUAUCCUGUCAAAAUAUUGUUUGUUUUGUGUAUUUUGGCUUGAUGCCAGUUAUUUGCACUGGGUGGCAUUGCAUGUCUCCAUCACUGAAAUAAUUUAUAAAAUGAGAUAUUUUGUAUUGUA